UUCCUUGAUACCGGAACCGAGUAGGACGGGACUCUCGACGGGGGUGUUCUCUUUUCUAAGGACCUUCUGCGGGAGCGGGAAGUGCUCUGUUAACGUCAUUUCCUGUGCGUCCGAGGCAGUCGGGAAGAGGCCCUCCCACAGCCAAUAGGAUCAUCGGGAGGCUGCGGAGGCGCUAAAGGCGAAGGAGGCGCCGUGGACAAGGUUGGUCUCCCAGGCGGCGGGUUCGGGCCCGGUCUCCACGCGCAGCCCGACGAGAUCCCGCCUCCCUGGCGGGGGAGGGGCUUUGUCCCUGGCGCCCCCUCUCAGCGCGGCCUGGAGGGCGGCGGGUUUGCGGAGGCUGCGCCGCUGCCUGUGUUGGGGACCAUUCGCAGGCGCUUUCCGGGGCGUCAGAAGCAGCGCUGCCACCAAGAGAUUCCUCCCCAUGCCCCAGACCCACCUGCACGUGCCCUUAACCCGCUGGGCGCCGCCUCUGAUAACACGUUUGCGAUAUUGCGAAACGCCCAGUGAGGAGCUGCGUCCCGAGAAUGGCAGCUAUUCCUCAGAACAACCUUCAGAAGCAGCUUGAGCUUCAUUCAGCCAAAGGCACUCUUAGUAAGCUGACACUUCCCAAAAACAAGGCUGUGGGAUUUACAUUCAAAAAGAAAACCUCUCCUGGUAACUGUACACUAGUAAACUAUUUAGCUGGAACAAAAGAGUUGGCCUUAAAGGAGAAGGAUGUUAACUCUUCUGUGACAAAACCAAGUGUGUCUUCAUCUGGCACCAAGAACAAGCAGAUGAAAAUCGUUGACCUUUUUGAAAUGACAUUGAAAGAGCAGGAAGGACAACAAAACUAUCCAAAUGAGCAACAUCAGAAAGUUCUGGAUAGUUUCCAAUCUUCUGUGAAAGAAAGCAAACCAGAUGACCUUCAGUUCUUGAAAUCGGAUCGCAAUGGCCCAUAUAAUUCAGUUAUUAAUAUUGAUGAUGUCUGGGAGGACACAGAUGACUUUGAAAUAGUUGGUCAGCAAAACGUAUGCUCAAAGCGACCUGUUUCAUUUUCAGACACUCGGUCUGUAAAACCUAGCAAAGCUCCAAAAAAGCUUAGUCCUGUCCCCAGUAAUUCAUCAAAGGCAGAGGGCACAGGAACAGCUAACCAAGAAAGGAAUGGACCCUGCAUUCGUAAGAAUAGCAACAUAGAGGUGCCUGACAAGGAACAAGAUCCUGCUAGGAGCCAAUCUGUCAUUUGCCUUGAUUCUCCAACACCCAGCCCCUGUGAAAGCUUUGUAGAUGAAAAUCUUCAAGAGGAGAAGCUUGUAGAAAGUUCUUUGCAUGAUGAGAAGGAGAAGUCUUUGAAGGCACAGAAUGAUGCUGUCUUCAUGCUGAAUGGAAGUGAGGAUCCAGAUGAUGGGUGGAAUGAUCCAGUGAUAUGCUCAGAGUUUGAGGAUGAAGAAGACUAUGUAGACGUUAUACCACCCUCCCCAGAGGAAGAAGUGCCUUCAUCUGCAUCCUCUUUGAAAAGCAUUAGGUAUGAUGGAGAUGAUCAACCUAUAUCUUCGCCCUUUACCAGAACCAUCUCUUGCAGAAGUAAGAGUCAUAUUUUUAGAGAAGCUGCUGUAGAGAAAACAUUGUCUUCUGAAGUCUUGAAAAGCAGCAUUCCAGACUUUGGAGAAACGACCAGUGGAACCAGCGAUAGGCAGGAAGAUAAGUGUUUGCUUUUGGAACGGCCCCUCUACAGUGUGAUGGAAGGCAUCUGUCAGCUAGUGGAUUCCAUCCCGGAAUGGCAGCUGAAGUCUUUGUCUUGUGGGAAGGAGCUCCUUGAGCAUAGAGACCACAGAAGAAAACUCUUAAAUACCCACACUAGUAGAAGUGGAAAGGGCACUUGCAUAUCUCUGGACAUAAACAGCAAAUUUGAUUGUGGAUGCGAUGGAUCUCUGGAUGGCGGUGUUUCUUUUCAGCUGGAGAAAACCUAUGCCACAGGCCUUCAAAGGGAAACAUUCUGCUCUACACAGUCUUCCCUGAAGAUUGUACAUCAGGGCAACCUUCAUUCAACUCCCUCCUUCGUACCAAACACUCGAGACUCAAGUAAUGCUGACCUGUCAAAUUUUUCAGAUAGUUCUGCUCUGGCCAGUGGCAUCUUGGAAGAAGCAGUGUUGUCUCUUUCCAGAAGAGGCACCAGUGAAAGAACACUCUCUCUUAACCGUGCUUUUAGAAACCCAAGGACAGAAGCGGGAGAGCAGGGGUGGCUGUGCUCAGAGAUGAAUCUGACCACUUUGAGGGACCAACAAAAACGUUCUCUACUCAAAAGCAAUUCCAGAGAGAAUUCCUCAGCAACAGGGAUCACGGACUGUGAUGACGAUUUUGAUAUUGAUGACUUCAGUGAACUGGAUGGCAUGCUAAAUACGUCAGCAACUGUACAGCUAUCUCGCACUCACUCCCAGUAUGUUGGGGAAGCUCAGCCUGCCAAAUCAUUCCUGGAAAAAAGCUCCCUUAUAGCUAAGAGAAAUCUUCAUUUUUCAAAUCCUGUUUUUCCCAAAGCAACCUCCCAAGCUCCCCUGGUUACAAACCCACCUUCCAGAAAUCCAGCUGUAGAUCACUUCAGAGGCGUAGCAUUUCCCCAUUCUAAUGAAAUGACGAAGAUAUUUCACAAAAAAUUUGGCCUGCAUCACUUUCGGACAAAUCAGCUUGAAGCCAUCAAUGCUGCUUUGCUGGGCCAAGACUGCUUCAUCUUAAUGCCCACAGGAGGUGGCAAGAGCUUGUGCUACCAGCUGCCAGCCUGUGUUUCAGCAGGAGUCACUAUUGUAAUCUCCCCCUUGAGGUCGCUGAUAGUGGAUCAAGUUCAGAAACUGACAUCGAUGGAUAUUCCAGCAACUCACCUGACAGGUGACAAGAGUGAUGCUGAAGCAUCCAGAAUCUACAUGCAGCUGUCAAAGAAAGAUCCCAUCAUAAAACUUCUUUAUGUUACUCCAGAGAAGGUCUGCUCAAGUGGCCGGCUGAUGUCAGCCCUGGAGAAUCUAUAUGAGCGGCAGCUGUUGGCACGCUUUGUGAUUGAUGAGGCACACUGCGUCAGUCAGUGGGGCCAUGACUUUCGCCAAGACUACAAGCGGCUAAAUAUGCUUCGUAAGAAAUUUGCUUCCGUUCCUAUGAUGGCUCUUACUGCCACGGCAAACCCCCGGGUGCAAAAGGACAUCCUGAAUCAACUGGAGAUACUUAAGCCACAGGUGUUUAGUAUGAGUUUUAACAGGCACAACUUAAAAUAUGAUGUCUUGCCCAAAAAGCCAAAACGUAUUGCUUUGGACUGCCUGGAGUGGAUCCAAAAAUACCACCCGUAUGAUUCUGGGAUAAUUUACUGCCUCUCCCGAUACGAAUGUGACUCUGUUGCCAGCAUUUUGCAGAGGUCCGGCCUUUCUGCACUUGCGUAUCAUGCUGGUCUCACGGAUGGCACCAGAGAUCUUGUGCAGCACAAGUGGAUUAAUCAGGAUGGAUGCCAGAUUAUAUGUGCAACAAUUGCUUUUGGCAUGGGGAUUGAUAAACCUGACGUGCGCUUUGUGAUCCAUGCCUCUCUCCCUAAAUCUGUCGAAGGUUACUAUCAAGAGUCGGGAAGAGCUGGGCGUGAUGGAGAAAUGUCUCACUGCCUGCUUUUCUACAGCUAUAGUGACGUCACCAGGCUGAGAAGGCUCAUCUUGAUGGAAAAAGAUGGGAACAACCAUACACGGCAGACUCAUUUCAACAAUCUCUACAGCAUGGUCCAUUACUGUGAGAAUGUUGUGGACUGCCGGAGGACACAGCUGCUAGCCUAUUUUGGGGAAACUGGCUUUAAUGCUAAGUUUUGUAAGGAAAACCCUGACGUAAGUUGUGACAACUGCUGCAAGCAGCAGGAUUAUAAAUCACGGAAUGUAACGGAAGCAGUGAAAAACAUUGUUAGGUUUGUUCAGGAGCAUUGUGGUGAGAAGGGAAUAAGAAGUGUGAAGAAUAACAGAGGAAGGUACACACUGAAUAUGAUGAUUGACGUUUUCUUGGGUACAAAGAGCGCCAAGAUUCAGUCUGGCAUAUUUGGCAAAGGAGCUGCUUACUCACGCCAUAAUGCUGAGCGACUCUUUAGAAAGCUGGUAUUGGACAAGAUUCUGGAUGAAGACCUUUACAUCACUGCCAAGGACCAAGCAGUCGCCUAUGUCCAGAUAGGCGAGAAAGCUCAUGCUGUGCUAAAUGGCUCUCUGCAGGUAGAAUUCUAUGAAACGGAAAGUGCCAGCAGCAUCCGGAAGCAGCAAAGAGCUUCAGUGACCAAAAUAUCCCAGCGGGAAGAGAUGGUUAAGAAAUGUCGUUCGGAACUCACAGAUGUCUGCAAAAAUCUUGGGAAAGUGUUUGAUGUCCACUACUUCAAUAUUUUUAACACUGCCACACUUAAAAGAAUAGCAGAGACAUUGUCUUCAGACCCAGCCGUUUUGCUUCAGAUUGAUGGUGUUACAGAGGACAAGUUAGAGAAGUAUGGAGCAGAAAUAAUUGAAGUGAUGCAGAAGUAUUCUGAAUGGACACAGAGAGUGGAAAGCAAACCUCUUCCAGCCAUGGGCACCGAUGUUAGAAAGAAUUACAGUGUUGAUGAGGCAGAGGAGGAGAUGUGCACAACCUCUGGCUAUUUCCACAAUAGAACCAACAAGGGAAGAAAGAGAAAAAAGCCACCGUUCUUCAGGGAAUCCAAGAAGAAGAAAACUGGGUCUGGAGGCCAGCAGGGUCAUUCUAAAGGGGGUUACAGAAUCUGCAGAAAGGCAUCAUCCAACUCCAAAGGUUCCACAUUUUAUGUCCCUACUGUCCAGCCAGGAAUUGGCAAACGGCCUGGAAUUAUGGCACUGCCAAAGCCACAAAGCAGACAAUGCCUUAAACCUUCUUACUCACUUUUGUAAUAUUCUUAAAGCCAUUUCAUUUCUAUGGACACUACUUAUUAUGAACCUACUAAAUUUCUAAUCAAGGUAUAUAUUUAUCUACCCUAACGCUUCUGCCUAACUUUUUAAUAAAUACAUUAGUUUGAACCA